AUGGACAUCAGUGAGGCCGUUGGUUCCAUAGCGUCAUCUCUAAAAGGGUCAUCACUUAAAAGAGUGGCAAAUAAUUCGGAACUCGCAUUGGUCCAUGGGUUGCUCAUGAAAUAUUGUGAUGAGAAUAACGUGGCCCCUUUGGAGUAUGAGGCUGUGGACGGCAUUCUCGUCCAAGGUGUUCGUUCGCAUGACAGGUAUACGGUGACCAAAUCUGUGGAGAAAUUUGUAGUAGCUAUUGGGCUGGAAACCCAGUUCCGUGCUCAGUUCAUAGCGAGUCAAAAGCAUUGGAAGACCUCAACCAGCCUCGUGCAGGUGCGACAGAGGAAAAGUGAGCCCCUCAGGGACUAUCUGGCAAGAUUGAACAAGGAAGCACUACAAGUCAGGAACCUUAACCAGUCUGUGGCUGUCACCGCUAUUCAACAUGGCCUCCACCCAUCCCCAUUCAACUUCUCCAUCUCCAGGAACCCUCCACAAACCCUGACUGCGCUGAUGAGCCAUGCACAGAAGUAUAUCAACACAGAAGAAGCGCUGACACAACUACGGGAUGAGGAAGAGAGGUCUGACAAGAGGAGAGAUACUGAGGAGCGAAAGUCAGAAAGAUCAAAUCUAGACCAUAAGAAGCAAGACCGCCGACCCAACCAUAGACCACGGACACCCCCGCCGAACUAUCGAAACUUCACGUCACUCAAUAUGCCACAGUCUGAAGUCCUGAUGCAAAUCCGUGACCGCAACUACAUUCGUUGGCCCGAGAAGAUGAAUACACAAAGCAACAAAAGGAAUCACAACAAGUAUUGCAAGUUCCAUAGAGAUCAUGGCCAUGACACGGAGAACUGCUUCAACCUGUGCAACCACAUUGAAGACCUAAUCAGGCGCGGAUACCUCGAUGGGUUCAUCAAGAGCGAGAAGUUGGCACACGAGGAACGACACACGAAGGAUGCUCGACCGCUGCCCCGAGCUCCCCCUACUGGUGUGAUCCAUGUCAUAUCAGGUGGAAUCGCCGCAGGAGGGGAGAGUAGCUCGGGGCGCAAGAAGUAUGUGCGAUUGUGCGAAAUCGACAACCAAGGGCACAAGAAGAAGCACGACCAGUCCAUCACAUUCACCAACGAUGACCUUCGAGGGGUUCAGACCCCGAAUGACGACACCUUGGAAAUAGCCGAGGUGGCCAACUUCAAGAUAAGGCGGAUCCUGGUUGACAUAGGUAGCUCCGCCGAUGUACUCUUCGAGGACGCAUUUGAAAAGCUCGGCAUCGACAAAGAGCGCCUCACCCCUGUCAACACUCCCCUAAUGGGCUUCUCUGAGGAGUCCCUCCUACCCAUUGGAAGAAUAACCCUCCUCCUAUUGAUUGGAGACGGUGACAUCACUACGACGAGCAUGGUAGACUUCAUUGUGGUUCGUUGCCCCUCUUCAUACAAUGCCAUCCUCGGUAGGCCAACCCUUAAUGCUCUGUAG